AUCGACGUGAAAGGAAGAUGGCAACCCACGCACAACCCAUCGCCGCAAGAAUUGAGCAGCAGAUCAACGACAUCUUCAACUCCCGCCAGGUUAACGGCUCUCUAGACGUUGACCAACUUGUGGGGCUGUGCGAAGAACUGGAGCUUCUGACGUGGAGCUCCGGCCCGACACCCAUGCACGCGAGCUUGUACGCGAUCUUCCUCGCAGGACUCCUCACGCUCCGGGAACUCAACCGUGCCAAGUAUCUGUGGAAACGCAUCCCGAACGGUAGCAAGACGGAUGGAUUGCCUGAGAUCUGGGCUGUCGGCCAAGCAUUGUGGAAGCGUGAGAUUGGCCAAGCGUAUGCCGCGAUUGCAGCGCUCGAAGGGUUGCCGCUGCCAGUCCACGUGCAAACUAUCGUUGCCACUUUAAAAGCUUCGAUCCGAGAGUACAAUGCGUCGCUUUUGUCUCGCGCGUAUACUAGUGUGUCGACCUCUGUCGUCGCCCAAGCGCUCGGACUGACGUUGGAAGACGCAUUGAAGUUCUGUGCGUCGCAGCAUUGGAAUAUCAAGGGGGACUUUGCAUUCCCCAACUCCGACGGCCAACGCGCGUCAGUCGUCGCUCCCACUCCUUCCUUGCCCGACCUAGACCAACUGCACAAGCUUUCGUCGUACAUUUUGCAUCUCGAAGCACAAACUUCGUUGAAGAUUUAACACCAUCACAUAAAUUUGGCCUUGGUUCAUUGUGCA